UUAGUAGAUAGUAAUUUUUAAUCUAUAUAAGAAUAUUCCAAUAUUCUAUAUGAAAUACUUUUUUUCGAGUCUGUAAUAAUAAAAUUUUUUAUUACAGAUCUGUCACAUAAACAAUUUGGCAUUUAUGAAACGCGUAAUGUAAUAUUUUUGUUUAUAUAUUUUUUAAUAGGUAACAUGCAAGACCCGCAAUUAAAAAUGAGUUGUAGUUUCUAUGGAACAGAAUCACCCAAGGAUCUAUUUCAGUUGGAAAGUUCGUGGAAAUCUGAUAUUGAAUUAGCUCAGAAUAAGCAUCUAUCAAAUGCUGAAUACAGCAAGUCUGGUUUGAGCUUUCCUCAAAAUUCUAUAAACAAGUUUAAAAAAUAUUACAAACGUUAUGAUCACGACGAGAUUCCAGUCAAAGAAUUUAUUAAUUUGGACGCCAAUUUUGUGAAGGACUUAGAAACUGGAGACAAUGAUCGAGUCUCAUUAACUAAUUCAGAAUUAGAGAGAAUUGAAAAGAAAGUCUAUAGUAACAUAUCACAAGAACUACAAACGGAUGAAAGCUCAACAAGUACCCUCGAAUCUAACAUAAAACUUUUCAAAAUAACAGUCCAAGAAAUUUUUGACAAUUUUAAAACAAAUAUGCGUGAUUUCGAACUUUAUAAAAAGAAAUUUCAUGAAAUUUUAGCAAAAAACCAAACUGAGCAAAUUACGGAGAUGGAAGACUUCAUAAAGGAUAUGAUACAUCAUAUUGUAUCUUCCGAAUCCUCCCUGUCUAAUAAAAAUUUCAAAUUAGAAACUGAACAUAAGCAAACAAAUUCUAAUAACGGGUCUGGCGAAAUAAGCUUAGACUCGAUCGAAAACGGAAGAGUUUUAGAGAGUCCACAUUCUAUAGUAGAGGCAUUUAAAAAUGAAAAUUAUCUCACCGAUUCUACUCUUGACGAAAAUAAUUCUAAAGUAAAAUCUUGUAAUAAAAAAGAAGAAAAUUUUAAUAUUUAUUUAUUAAGUGGUAUACCGUUUGUUCAGAUUAAAAUGAAUGACCGAAAUUUAUUAUCCGAAAUUAAUAUUAAACAUCCAAAUGGCCAAGAACGUUCAGAAUACCAUGUAGCAUCUGCAGAGAAUAUGAAAAAAGUAGGAGCUAAGAAAAUUGAAUUAGAGAAAUACGUUAAAUUACAGCAAGACCUACCAGAAAGAGAAAUACCCGUAAAAGUAUCAUUUGCUAAGAAAAAUAUACAUUUAGAUGAAGAUUUUACUUGCAGCAAAAACAUGGAACACAAUAAGUCGUUCAUGGCUAAAAUUUGUAGUUACAUUUGUAAAAGAUUCCGAAAGAAUACAUUUGUUUGA